UUAUGAACCGUCUAUAUUUUGGAUAUAAAGGCCCAAGUAUUUGAACUAAUUUCAGUCUAGUUUUGGCGGAGGAAUCGUCACAAAGCAAGAAAAUGGUAGACAAGGAUUUUCUUUUAACCAACGAUUCUGUAGAGACAGCCACAUUACAGAGGGCUUUGCGAAAAAAGACAAACAUCCCUAAGAGUUCCUGGAAUUUUACCGGUGUAUCUUUUUUGUUAUGGGGUUUCCUUUUCCUGGGCGUUGUGGUACCUCUUUUCUAUCGCCUUCCUCGUGCCAAUACCUUGGAUGAUGUGUCCAAGGGAGUUUUCAUCGCCGAACGCGCCCAAUCCAAUCUUUACGACUUCGAUAAGAUCGGCACAAAGCUCGUCGGCAGCGAUGCGAAUGAGAACAAAACCGUUCAGUUCUUACUGAGCGAACUGGCCUUAAUUCAGGCAAACGUUUUAGAAGACUUUUUUGACAUGGAGAUUGACCGACAAAUAGUUUCCGGUUCGUAUGUCAGGUCCGGUGCCCUAUGCCAAUAUCAGGCAGUGCAGAAUAUCGUGAUCAAAGUGACGCCCAAGAACUGCACAAGUGAGGAUUACCUGCUGGUCAACACCCACUUUGAUUCCAAGCCUACUACUCCGUCUGCCGGUGAUGCGGGUCACAUGGUAGUAUCUGUCCUGGAGGUACUGCGAGUGUAUACAACGUCCAAGGAAAAUUUUAAGCACACAAUCAUCUUUCUCCUCAAUGGAGCCGAGGAGAGUUCGCUGCUGGCAUCGCACGGUUUCAUUACCCAACACAAAUGGGCUCCAAACUGCAAAGUCUUAAUAAAUCUGGAUGCAGCCGGCAGCGGAAGUCGGGAAAUCCUCUUCCAGACAGGACCCAAUAACCCCUGGCUUCUCGAUUAUUACAAGAACCAUGCAAAACAUCCAUUUGCCACCACUAUGGCUGAAGAAAUCUUUCAGACUGGUCUUAUACCAUCGGACACAGAUUAUCGUAUCUUUGUAGCUUAUGGAAAUCUCGUCGGACUGGAUCUGGGUCAGUGUGUCAAUGGUUAUGUAUAUCACACAAAGUACGAUAGUUAUGAUGUAAUUCCUCGAGCUGCUAUUCAAAACACAGGAGACAACCUUUUAGGCCUAGUUAAAGCCCUGGCCAAUGCCCCAGAGCUGCAUGACACAACCGUUGAAGGAACAACAGUCUUCUUUGAUGUCUUGGGACUGUUCUUUGUCAGAUAUUCAGAGAGCAAUGGUAUAAUUCUAAACUAUGCCGUUGCCGGAGUAAUUAUCAUCCUAGUCUACAUAUCACUGUUACGCAUGGCGGUAAAAUCCAAUGUGGCUUUUACGAAGAUCCUAAUUUGGUUCAUCCCGAUUCUUAUAGUCCAAGUCGUUGCCUUUGUAAUGGGUCUAGCUCUGCCCAUAUUGGUUGCAUAUAUGUUUGAUAAGCAUGGUCUAACCAUGACCUAUUUCAGCACUCCGGCACUUUCUUUAGGCCUUUAUGUGUGCCCCAGUCUUGUGGGUCUGGCUCUGCCUAGUUUUGUGUAUCUGAGAAUUCAGAAUUAUAAGAAUCUUACGUAUGCGCAGCAACUACAAAUGGCUCUUCAUGGACAUGCCAUUAUCCUAUCACUUCUCUGUGUUGCUCUAAAUUUCUACGGAUUGCGUACGACCUAUAUUAUUACGUGGACUCUGGUCUUCUACGUUAUUCCCUUGUUUCUUAAUCUAUUGACCUCUCUACAUGACCGCGGUUUCUCUUGGACUGUGGUUCUGAAAAUUGUCCAGGUGGUUCCGUUCCUGUACAACAGCUACCUUUUCUACACAUUUAUUGUCAUUCUUACUCCGAUGAUGGGUCGUAUUGGACAAAAUACAAAUCCCGACCUGAUAAUUUCUGCCUUGGUCGCCAUGGGUACUGUACUGUCCCUAGGCUUUUUGAUUUUGCUUGUUAAUAGGUCGCAUAGAUCCGGCUUCAUUAUUGUAACCCUGAUGGCCAUAAGCGCCGCUACUAUUUAUAUAGCCAGCUCUACUCAAAUUGGUUUCCCAUAUCGUCCUAAGACAAGUGUGGAAAGGGUUUACUAUUUGCACGUGCGUCGGAUCUUUUACGAAUUCAGCGGAACAGUUAGUAAGGAUGAGUCCGGAUAUCUGUUUAAUUUCCAGGAUAGACGUGGUUAUGCUCCUUUAGUUGAAGCCAAUGUGAAUUUAACCGGAAUGGUAAGCUUGGAAUCGGAUUGUGAAAAGUACAUGCUGUGCGGUAUGCCAAUCCCCGAUGUCCGUUAUAUGAAUAAUCGUUUGAACGGAAUGUGGUUGCCUCGGAAUACGCCCGUAGAGACGGUUCCAGAAAAGCCCCUUGAGCUCCUAAAUAGAACAGUAAUAGAUAAUGGCAAUACCCUGCUCAUCGAGGUCAAGAUCUUUUUCACGGAUCACUCAAGUUUGUUUAUCCAGCCUGAAGAGGACGUAACCAUAACCAAGUGGUCUUUAGAGGAGAGCUACUUGACCACCAGCCCACCAUAUUAUAUGUACUUUAGCUCCGGUGUGGAUAAUUCACCAGUAAUCCUAACUCUUGAACUUCAGAAAUCCGGUAACGAUUUUAAUGAGUCCGUCGUUCAAAUUGGAGUCGCCAGACAAUUUAUGAAUUCGACAGGCGAUUCAAUAGCCCAGGAUUUUGCCAAAACAUUCCCAGAUUUUGCGGUGCUGAUUGAGUGGCCUGCGGAUUACCACCGCUAUAAGUUUUAA